UGAGCAAGAAAGAUAAAAUGAUUCGUCCGAUGUCGAACCUGCCUGAACCUAGAUCUGUAUAUACAUCAAGGGGAUUGCCCAGGGAUGUCCCUUUUCGCUACGGUGAUUCCUAUAUUUUUUAGCACGAACGCGCGUAACUGAUCUUAGCAAGUCGUUUCUGUGAUCGAGUUCAAGUUUUAUAUAUACUGCACGUGGCAAUUUUUCUACACAUACAUACACGAUAAUUUCUUACAUAACGGGGGAUUCCUCAUUUUCUAAGUAUCAUUUAUUUGACACAGGUUAUAUCCCCGACAUUUGAGAGGGACUUCACCGUGAGAUCGAAAAAGAGUGGCGGGAAGUAACGGAAUUAAUUUUAUGUCAACGUUUCGGAUUUUGCGUUUGUAAAUGGACAAUUUAGUGGGACCCACGUCAACGAAGAAGAGAUGCAGCUCGCAAAAAGAGAAAAUUCAGUUAAACGAGUGCAAACGAGUAUUCCAGCUGCGGCAGCAAUUCCCCAGUACGGUGAAGGAGGCUUUGAAGGAGGGUAUAAACAUCGUCGAGCCAGUCGCAUUAACUGUAACGACUCCAGACGUCGUGACGGUUCUAUCGAAUUCGGAAAAUCGAUUGCAGAAGCUAAGAAUUCUAUCUCCAGAUGGGAGAGACCUAGGAGAAUUCAGUGUGACACUGCGAUCACCUAAUUUGUUAAAAGGCAACACAGUCACAAUUACUGAACCUAAUCUCCAUUUUGCUAAGAAACCUGUAAUACUUCCUUCAAUCUCGCAUACAAAAGCAUUUCCACGGAUACUCAGACAAGGUACUACAAAAGUGCCAAAGACUAAAAUAGAAGAUACAUCUGGUAUUAAGGAUAUUUCUUGGACAGAUAGUAACAGCAUAUUGCAUCAGCGACAAUCUUUGUUGAGUAACAGAAUGCUUACAAAUAGUGAUGCUACCAAAGGUAAGAUGGAAGAACAAACAUAUAGUAAUAUUAAUAGUGUACUUCCCGUAAAUAAAAUAUGUUCUGACCAUUCUAUGCAUCAAACUAGUGAUAGCGAUAAUAAACAUAGGGUACAUAAUGGGAUAGACAGUAUAGAUGCUGAUUGUAUGCAAAUUCAAGAAGUUAAUACUGAGAAUGAUGCAACUUCCGUAGUUGUAAAAACACCACUUAAAAAAAUUGUUAAAUCACCAUCUCCUACAAAACUUGCAAUAAAGUUUAGUGAUAUAAAAAAUAUGCAAAUGCUUAGUAAGAAUCGAAAUAAGGGAAAAAUUAUCGCUACUAUAAAAAAGACGGAAAAUGGGAGAAUUAUUACAUCUUUAAAAAGAGUAGCAGCAGACUUUGUACAGAUGCAUGAGAAAAUUAAUAAGAAUUUAGAUCAAAAUAGCUUAGGUAACAAUGAUAGAAAAAACCUUGAUACUAGAAGAAUCUUGGAUGAUAAUAAUUCACUUCAAAAUAAAUUCAAUAUAAUUUCUACAAAUAAUCAAGUGAAAGAAGUAAAAACACAGAAUAUUAUGACAAUUAUACCUAAUAAUGAAGUUGUUUCAUUUAAUCAGAAUGCAGUUUUGCGGGAACAUAAUACUUCAGUGAAGUCGAGUACUGAAAAUAAAACUAAUGUAAAUCAUAUUGCGGUUACGCCAUGCGAAGAUUCGAAGACAGGAUCUCAAAACAACUGUCCAGUUAUUAUCAAUGAUCAUGCACAACACAUUCCAGAUUUGCAAGUUCCAUGCACUGAUGUAACUGGGCAAUCGAAUGAACAGAUUAACUGCCUUAAGGAUUUACCUCAGAAAAACCUAUUAAAUCGAUUGGAUAUUAUCAAGAAAGCAAUGGACAGUGUGAAAGACAGUGAGCUGCGUGAAAUGGCUCUGAAGGCUUUAGCAGAUUGCAACAUUGGAAUUGAGAGACAUGUUCCAAUAUGUCCACCAGAGAAACACAAGUCUGUACAUGACACACAAGUGCAGACCAUGGUAUUUGGCUUGCUCGAGCCAAAAACUUUUAUAUUAAUAGACAAGGACAUUGAUGACAUUAACAGAUUAAAUCAGAUAAUUCUUCAUGAUUUGCCUAAUAAUUCGAAUCUACCAUUAGCAGAUAAUUCACAUUCGAAUAACUUGAUAUCUAAAAUACAAACUAAUACAAUCGAGCAAGAAAGCCCUUUUGACUUGGACAGUUUCAUGGACAGUUUCUGGAAAGAGAAUUCAGAUGCUUUUAAAAUGAAGGAAACUCUGUCAGUGACAAGAAUAAGAUGUAACAAUAUUCUGGAACAUUUAGAGAAAGAUUUUGAACAUGCUAAACGGUACGAUCAGAAUGGCAUGUUAAAUAUUCAUAAUGCCAUCAUAAGUAAUAAUGUUCAUCUUGUUCGGAGGCAUCUAAUGAUACUUCAGCACUGUAAAGAAAGCGUUGAUGUAUUGACCGAAAGUGGAGCGACAAGUUUGGAACUGGCAAUCUCGUACGACGUAUGCAGCGAGAUAGUGAACCUCUUGCUUGAGGCUGGAGCACAACCGGUAAUACUGAAAUCCAUACACGAGUCAGCGUUAAUUAUAGCUAGCAAACACUCAUCACCGUACUUAUUGACACUUAUUAGCCGGAUUACGGAUUCGAAGUUGCUCGAUCAAAUUGAUUUGGAGGGUCUCGCAGCGAUACACUAUUGCAGUAUGCGUGGUAAUUUACAAGGAGUCAAGGCACUUUUAUCAGCAGGUGCGACUAUAGAUUUGAAAGAUAUGAAAUCGGGACGCACAGCUUUGUUUCAUGCGAUAGACAAUGGACACAUGUCACUGAUGCAAGUAUUGUUAAAAGCCGGCGCUGUCACAAAUCUUACGAACUAUGCGGGACAAACACCUUUGUCCAUAAUGAGCGAUAAAUCUAUUUGUCAAAGUAUUGAAAAAAGAUAAAACGUAAUAGAUCUUUUAUACAAUUUUUAUAAAAUGACAUGUCUUUAAAAAGAUGUAUAAGAAAGUACUCAGUAUAUCAAGAUAAAAAGCUUUUGAAUAAUAUGA